AUGUUUGGUGUAUAUUGCUUUGUAGUAUUUGCCUUUGACUCCUUGCACUUCAAUGAAGUUCUCGAUCUAAAGUUUCGUGGUGCACACACUACGUUCCAGUCUGUUACUUUUGCCCUUAAUUUUGCCAUCUUUUUCUUACCAUGUGUUUUUGCGUCCUGGGUGACUUGGAAAUGUGAAGAUAUUCUAUUCAAAUUGAACAACAUGAGUGCAAAAGACUGGAACGAGGGGCACCCUUUUCGUGAACGCAAUAAUGUCAAUGCAUUUCUGUUUUAUGCUGAGCCGAGCAGGUGUGGAUUUAGAAUUAGAAACAUAACGUUUCGAUCCAGUGGUACCUGGAUUUCAGUGCUGCUUGGCCUGUUUGGUUUUGGAUUACGAUUGUUUCAGUAUUUUCAAUGA